AUGGAGUUGAAUGGUGGUAAUUUAGAAAACAGAAACAGAGGGAGUCAUGAUUCAGAAGACAAGUACGUUCCUUUUGACAUUGAAAACGCCAGGAAUUCGGCAGCAGAUGAUGACGAUGCCGAUAUCAAUGGCAUCGACAUCGCCAUCCAUUCAAUGUCGUCUAAGAAGUCUCCUCCUCCUCCUCCUCCUGUAUCUACAGCUGAUAUUUUAAAGACUUUGUAUAAUAAAACUCUGUUAGGAGAUCAUAUGGGGAGAUUUCCAGCUCCAUUGUUGAUGAAUACGGUCCAUUUCUCAAUGCAAGCUGUUUUAUCUACGGCUAUUACUUGGUAUUGGUCUGAUAGAUUUCGGCCGAAUGUUGCUAUGUCGUGGAGGGAUUAUUUUAUAAGAGUUGUACCAACAGCUCUCGGAACUGCAUUCGAUGUUAACUUGAGCAACGUAUCCCUUGUUUUCAUCUCUGUUACAUUUGCCACAAUGGUUAGUUAUGCUCUCUCUACUUUAUUGCAAUAUACAAAGUUUGAAAAAUCCACUUACAUUGAUGAGCUAUGUGACUCCAGUGAUGGCAAUUUCAACCGGUACCAAAAGCUACAGAAGGGUCAAACAAGUGAAAAUGACUUGGCUGGGUCAUCCCCAAAAAAUGUUGCAGCGAAGUAUGUUAUCCUUGACGAGAUGGAUGAUCUAGAUGAUGGCACUUGA